AUGGCCAACAUCCCCACGGUGGUGCUCAGCUCGCCGGCCACGUCGCCGCUGCGCCAGCAGCAGCAGCAGCCGCAGAAGGCCGUGCCCUUCGUGUCGCCCAGCACGUCGCGCCGCAACCUGACGCCCCUCAUGAACUCCAUGUCGCCGCAGCCGCUGCCCCGGACGCCCCGCCAGCAGCAGCCGCAGAGCCAGCAGUACAACCACCGGCGGACGCUGUCCAUGUCGUCCGGCCACCAGAAGACGGCCGUCAUCGCCCCCAACACGUACACGGGCUUCGACCUGUCGGGCCGCGCCUACGGCGACGGGUACCGUCCGCGCUGCGAGCUGGAGGACGACAUGGCCGAGAUGCAGGCCUCGUUCCUGUCCCAGCAGCACGAGCCGCUGAUGCGGCGGUCGCCGCGGCCCUACAAGUCCAACAAGUCGUCCUGGCUGUCGCUGCCCGGCGUCCAGGGCAGCGGGCUGGGCCACCGCGCCCCCAAGGGCGUGCUGUUCGGCACCGGCAUCGUGCUCGUCCUCAGCGGCGUCGUCGCCAACGUGCUGGCCUUCUACAUGCUCAGCUUGAAAGGGCGCCAGUACUACCUCGACUUCGGCGUGCUCUCGGCCUUCGCCUCCCUCAUGCUGGGCAUCGUGGGCCUCCGGUCGCGCGUCGGCCACUUGCUCCCCAACCGGAACUACGUCACGGGGUACAUCUUGGUGGCGGCCUUCUCCGUGCUGACGGCGGCCGGGCUGCUGACGCUGCUGCUGCUGCCGCAGCCGCCGCACCUGCCGCGGUCGGCGCGCCUCCACGGCGUCGGCCUCGGCGGCGCCGCGGCCACCAUCGACAUCACGGCGGGGGCGGUGUGCGGCACGGCGGCGCUCACGCUGCUGCUGGCCGCCACCGGCACCCUCACGUCGUACUGCUGCCGGUACCCGCCGCCGGACAACCGCGUCGCCCACGCCGCGCCGACGUUCUCCGUGUGA